AUGGCGGCGGCGGUCUCAUCACAGGACCCGCUGCAUGGCAUCUUCCAGCAAUUAAAAAACAAAAAUGAGCAAAUACGACAAGCCGCAGCGCGAGAGCUCAGGGAUCACGUUGAAUCUGCUGUCGCAGAACUCUCUAACGAUGGAUCUACUAGACUAUGGAACCAGCAAAUCAGCCCCCGGCUGUUCGAAAUCAUACAUAGUAACCACAGUCACGAACGCCUGGGAGGAGUUCUCGCCAUUGACCGGCUACUUGAGAUCGAAGGGGAACUCAUCGAGUCGAAACCUACACUCUUUCGACUAUUCAACUAUGUCAAAUCUCUCCUCCCCUCUCCUGAUGUGAAUGUCAUGAUUGCGGCCUCAAAGACAUUAGGUCGUAUAGCAGAGAUGGGUGGUACUGCCUUUGCAGACCAGAUUGACGUUGAGGUGCCACGCGCACUAGAGGCACUUCAAAGCGACAAACCUGAAGGCCGACACGCCGCUGUAUUGAUUCUUCGCGAGCUUGCGCGGCACAGUGCAGCACAUUUCCAUCCUCACGUGCAGUUGGUUUUGGAGAGAAUAUGGGUUCCACUUCGAGAUACUAGAGUACUCGUGCGAGAAGGUGCAGCAGAAUUGCUGGCAGCGUGUCUGGAGAUUAUGCGGUCUCGAGAUAGGACCCAGAGAACUCCUGUCUAUAGAGACAUCAACGAAAAGGCCGCCAAAGGCUUGGCCAUGGCGCCAAUAGAGACCGUUCAUGGGAGUCUUUUGGCUUACCGGGAACUCUUUUUACAUGCUGGAAUGUUUUUAAAGGACGAUUAUCAACCAACUGUAGAAAGUAUUCUCAGCCUUCGCGAACAUAGAGAACCUCAAAUUCGUAGACAAGUAAUUACUCUCAUCCCGACCUUUGCGAGAUAUGAUCGCGAGCGCUUUACGGAUACGUUUCUUCAUAAAUCAAUGGGAUAUUUGAUGGCCACUCUCAAAAGACCGGCGGAACGAACUAUUGCUUUCGUGGCGAUUGGACAUGUGGCAUCAGCUGUCGGAAGUGAAAUUAAGCAGUUUUUGGAACAAAUUAUGGUUCAUAUAAAAGAAGGACUCCAACAGCACGGUAAGAAGAAUGCCCCUCUGGAAGAACCGAUUUUCCAGUGUCUCGGAAUGUUGGCUGCCGCGGUGGGGCCUAACCUCACCAAACUAUUACACGACCAACUGGACUUGAUGUUCGCAUGCGGGCUGAGUGAACCGUUGCGCCAGGCGUUGGUAUCUAUUGCAAGCCAUAUUCCACCUCUUCUCAAAACCAUUCAAGAUCGAUUAUUGGAUUUAAUAUCUGUAAUUCUAUGUGGGCAGACAUUCAAGUCUCUUGGUUCGCCUGAGUCAGGGCAUAGGUCAAUUGCGGCACUCGUUGCGCGUGAUGUACAAUCUACCCAAAAUGGACGAAACCCAGAGCUGACUGCGUUGGCACUGAUUACCCUGGGCUCAUUUGACUUUACAGGGCAUGUCCUAAACGAAUUCGUACGGUCAUGCGCGCUGCCCUACUUAGACCAUGACCAGCCAGAAGUUCGCCAGGCUGCUGCACUUACGUCUUGCAAGCUUUUUGUCCAGGACCCUAUCAUCUAUCAACAAAGUAUUCAUUCUACAGAAAUCGUCAGUGAUGUCCUGGAUAAAUUGCUGACUGUUGGAAUCACCGAUCCGGACCCUACCAUCCGGCAUACUGUUCUAUCGACUUUGGACACGCGAUUCGACAGGCACCUCGCACAGGCUGAAAAUGUCAGAUCUUUGUUCAUUGCCUUAAAUGACGAAGUAUUCGCAAAUCGGGAGGUGGCUAUCGGAAUUAUUGGACUGUAUCAGCUAAACCUUCCGCGUAGCGCCGUACAACCCGCAUAUGUUGUCCCAUCUUUGCGCAAGGCUUUGAUACAAUUGUUGACCGAGUUGGAGUAUUCUACUGUCUUGCGGAAUCGCGAGGAGAGUGCAAAGCUUCUCCAUCAGCUCGUCUCAGCCUCAAGCAAACUAAUUAAACCCUCGCGACCCGAACGCGGUGUCGCUGCAAAUGUCAUAAUCUGCCUUGGCGAACUCGCCGAAGUCGGUGGCGAGGACUUUUCGCCUCAUGUUCCAGGAAUGAUGACACUCCUUAUCGAGACAUUGCAGGACCAAACAUCUACAAGCAAACGAGAUGCGGCACUUAGGACAAUGUGUUCCUUGUGUUCAAACACAGGAUAUGUUAUUACUCCCUUAUUGGAUUACCCUCAACUCAUGCCCAUUUUCAAUCGGAUCUUACGAACAGAACAGAAUCAGAGCGUCAGACGAGAAACUAUCAGGUUUAUGGGCAUUAUUGGCGCGUUGGACCCCUAUAAGCGCAAGGGAAAAUUAGCAGAUGUUGAUGAGGCUACUAACGAAGCCGUAAAAACAAAUCCGCAUGAUCCGGCUACUGUGUUGCACGCCUCGGGAACUUCAUCCGAGGAUUACUAUCAAACAGUCGUUUUCAACGCGCUGCUCGGCAUCCUGAAAGACAACGCAUUACAGUCUAGCCACUAUGCAAGUAUCGAUGCAAUCAUGUCUAUAUUCAAAACUCAAAGAUUGCGUUGUGUUCCGUUCCUACCUCAAAUCAUUCCAGCGUUCUUCUCAGUUGUCCGGACGCCAAACCCGCGCAUGCAAGACUUCUACCUUCAACAGUUGUCUAUUCUCGUUUCGAUCGUCACACAACAUAUUCGCAACUAUCUUCAGGAAAUUAUUGCUCUGAUACAGGAACUUUGGGCUGCGAAUGUGGCGCUUCACACUGGGCUGGUUUCACUCAUCGAGGCGCUGUCAAGAGCUUUGGAUGCGGAAUUCCGAACCUAUUUGCCGGCUCUUUUACCACCUAUGCUAAAGCUUCUUGACACUGAUCCGUCCGAGAAACGACAAACAGCGCAAAUGAAGGUGCUACAUACGCUCUAUACAUUUGGACCGAACGUGGAAGAGUAUAUGCAUCUUGUUAUUCCAGUCAUUGUUCGCACUCUGGAAUCUAGUGACAACCCACUUCAACUACGCAAAGGGGCUAUCCAAACAAUCGGCCGCCUCUCGUCGAAAGUAAAUUUUUCCGACCAUGCAUCGAGAAUAAUACACCCUUUGGUUCGAUUGCUUUCGUUGCAGAAUAACGAGCUCAGUAUGGCUGUCAUGGACGCGUUGUGUGAUUUGAUGGUACAGCUUGGUCCUGACUUUGCUAUUUUCAUUCCCAUGGUCAACAAAGUUGUGGUACGCCUGGGUAUCCAGCACCCCACAUAUCAAUCGCACGUUGUAAGACUUCUUGAUGGGGAGAGAUUGCGGAGGGAUUUCGGUACAUUGGUUUCGGGAGAUGAAGAUAGAAACGAGCCUUCGGCUGCACCCGAAUCUACAAAGAUGGCCGUGAAUCAGCAGCAUCUAAAGCAAGCAUGGGAUACAUCUCAAGUUCGGUCGCGUGAGGACUGGCUUGAAUGGAUUCGUCGCCUGGCUGUGGAGUUUAUGAAAGAGUCACCUUCACAUGCUCUGCGCGCAUGUAUGAGUCUAGCCGAUGUCCAUAUACCUUUGGCUCGGGAGCUAUUCAAUGCCGCAUUUGUCUCUUGUUGGACGGAGCUCUUUGACCAAUAUCAGGAGGAUUUGGUUCGAUCUAUUGAAACCGCAAUUACCAGUCCCAAUAUUCCUCCGGAGAUAAUCCAUAUUCUUUUGAACUUGGCCGAAUUUAUGGAGGUCGACGACAAAUCGCUUCCUAUUGAGGCUAAAAUUCUUGGAGAGUAUGCAUAUUCGUAUCAUGCCUACGCCAAAGCACUCCAUUACAAAGAGCUUGAGUCGUUCCAGGGACGCUCUCCCUCCAUCUACGAAUCUCUGAUCGGAAUCAACACUCAGCUCCAGCAGCAUGACGCCGCCCUAGGUACCCUAGUAGUCGCACGGGAGCUCUAUGAUUCAAAGCACGAAGAGUGGUACGAGAAGCUAGGGAAAUGGGAGGAUGCACUUCAAGCAUACAACCGUAAGAUAGGCGAGGAAGCGGAGCAACCAGAGAUGUUUGCAUGCGUUGGUGAAUGGGAUCAACUUGCUUCGAUGGUCGAGACAAAGUGGGCAAGUGCCACAGCUGAUGAGCGGCGUGAAAUUGCGCCACUGGCAACGGCCGCUGCAUGGUCAUUGAAUCAAUGGGACAAAAUGGAUGAAUACAUUGGGUCGAUGAAGCCAGAUUCUCCAAACAGGGCAUUUACCGAGCAAUCAUUUCUGUCCAUCGAUGCCAAUUUACAAAGGCUGCUAAGCAAAUUGCAACAGCGCGCGACUUAUUGGACCCAGAGAUGA